AUGGAGUACCUCACUCGUUUAUUAGCUCAUUACUCUGACAAAAAAGGCUUUGGUUAUCAUCCUUUGUGUAAACAUAUUAGGUUGACUAACCUUUGCUUUGCAGAUGAUUUGAUCAUCUUUUGUAAAGGUAACAUCAGUUCUGUGAGUAAGAUUCAUGAAGCUUUUUCUGCUUUCUGUGCCUCUUCUGGUCUUUCAGCGAAUAAAUCUAAAUCCCAUGUCUAUUUUGGAGGGGUGAAGGAUUCCAUCAAAACUCAGAUUCUUGAGUUGUUGCAAAUGGAAGAAGGCUCCUUUCCUCUGAAGUACUUGGGGGUUCCUCUUCGACCUACCAAGUGGAAAGCUUCUGACUGUGGGGUGAUUCUAGAUAAGUUGAAUAAGAAGCUUAAUUGUUGGGCGAGUAGAAACUUAUCUUUUGCUGGUCGUGCUCAACUCAUACACUCAGUUUUGCUUGGUAUAAGGAACUUUUGGAUGAGUGUAUUCAUUCUUCCUUCCAAGAUUACUGCUGCCAUUGAUAAGAGCUGUCGGGAUUUUCUUUGGGGAGCUAAUGGGAAUAGAAGUAAGAUGCAUCUCCCUUCGUGGGAAGAGGUUUGUCUCCCGAAAAAGAUGGGUGGCAUUGGUUUCCGUGAGGGCAAGAAAUGA